AUGGACCGCAUGCCCGUGAGUUUCUGCGAGCGUCCUCUCGUUCGUAAGAACGCCAAAAUGGAGCCGAUUUCGGCUGCAACGCUGCAGAAGUACAUUCAUCUUCUCUAUACCUACGUCCGAGACGACAUUGCCCUCAAGCUUUCUAAGAAGUUUGGGGUGGUGCUCAGUGGUGGCCGCCACUUCAUCGCCAUCAUGGCGCAUUCAGUGCCUUACACGCCUUCUGGCAUUCUGUUCCUUUGA